GUCGCUGAUAAGACUGUUUUAACGAUAACAACUAAGUUAAAUAAUUUUGUUUUUAUUCUUAUUAUUAUUGUUGUUUGUUAUCGUCUUCGUCGUCUUACGGUCCUUACCGUCACGGCGACGGCAAUUCGGUUGUAACGAGAGGCUGAAUUCCCGCCUAGCGUCCAAGAAUUAUGACUCGUAUCUCGUAGAACGUUACGGAUCGGAUCAAUUCGUAGUAGUAGAAGCAGCAUCAGCACCACCACUGCAGCCUCUACUUCCAGGAGCAGCACCAUUUCCAGCGUUACACAACCAGUAGCACUAACUCCAGAAACAGCGAUGGAAUACGGCACGGGCGUGGCUGUGUUUGCUGCUCCGGAGGGACGUGCCGGUGUUGUGGUUUAGCCGACAAGUCGGCACAUUUAGGGAUCAGCAGCAGUAUCCGUCAUGGCGGACGGCCUGUACACAUGCCAGCAGACACGGUUCCACCGGUUCCAUGGGUACAACCUCAGCCUGCACGACCAGCACACGGUGGCGCACCGUGAAAUGAGCUUUGCCAACGCCAUCGUGUUCAGUGAACGAUCGCUGUCUCCGGGCGAGGUGUUCCUCAUCGAGAUUGAGAGCAGCGAGAACGGAUGGUCCGGCCACAUCCGGCUGGGCCUUACACAGCUUGACCCAGACGUGCUGGAGCGCACCGGCCACCUGUUGCCGCAGUGCGCCAUACCUGACAUGGUGGCUAAUAAGUCACUGGGCGAGUCGUGGAUUUGCGCACUCACCAAACAUCAAGCAUGGUAUGACGCCAACUUCUUGACCAAGUACUUUCGCCUAGAGGGCAAUCACAUAUUCACGUCGCGAGGCACCUUUCCCACCAGCAUACUAAGAGCGUCCAACGAGGACAAGAUUGACAUGUUGCCAACGGACGUGGGCAGUCGAGUUGGCGUGCUAUAUUUGCCCUGUGGUCAGAAUAUGGCUAUUAUGCAUUUCAUCAUCAACGGAGAGUUUAUUGUGCCACUCUCUAGGACUAUACCGUACAACGAUAGUCCCAUCAGAGCAGUGAUUGACGUAUACGGUGCCACUAAACGAGUGCGCAUUGUUCAAGUGUACAAUGUGAACACGUUACAGAGUGCAUGCAGAGAGAUCAUUUUGAAGAAUAUCAACACAGCAUCUGUAUCAAAAUUACCAUUACCAAAUGCUCUAAAAGAGUAUCUCCUGUACAAGACUUAAUCGGUUUUUAAUUUCUAGGUUUAUCAUAACCCUAACUUAUGUUUCCAAAAUAUUUAUUUAAUUAUAUAAUUACCAUUACAAAUGUCAGUGUUUACAUUUUUAAUUGUUUUUUUUUUUUUAAUGUAAUUUUUAUUAUGAUUUUGUGUGUGAACAUGUAACAAAAUAUGUGUAUACCACGUAUUAAUUGUAAGCAAAUUUAUUCAUUAAUAAUGUUAUUUAUUAUAAUAUUCUCCCUUAUUUUAAAAUGAAAAUUGUUUAUAAAUUUUAGGCCAGUAUGUUUAUUUUGUAACAAGGAAAUACAACUUAUUAUUACUGCCAUGUUAGUAUUGUUAAUAAUAAUUGUAUCAAAUUACUACACAUUAAACUAAGUAAUGAUUGAAUAGUUUGGAUAAGUUUGAGACUGAAGGAACAAAAGUUUAAAUAGAA